AUGACAGCUAAAAGGAGGCCAGACGAUGCCAACCAGGUAACUCCGCCUCUUUUGUUGCAGCUAUCGAGUCUUCGCGUGAAGGACGAGGAUAGUGUUCCUUUCCCCUUUGCCAGUAGAAUCCCGCCAACCGCCUCGCACUCCCUUCCCCCGGCCUGCCCCUCGUCACCGGACCGUUCCUUUGCGCCCGCCACGAGGACGCCCAUAUGGCAGCGCUCACUGGACUCGCCACUUAGCCCUGCCUCUCGCCCCCGCAGCCCAUGGGGACUCUUUGACCCGUAUGACUCGCCCGAGGAUCAGGACAAAGAAUACGUCGGCUUUGCCAUGUUGCCCAAUCAAGUCCAUCGAAAAACCGUGAAAAAAGGUUUCACCUUCACGCUGAUGGUUGCAGGCGAAAGCGGCCUGGGCAAGUCGACGCUGAUCAACAGCUUGUUCCUCACCGAUCUUUACAAAGAGCGAAAGAUUCCUAACGCGGAAGAGCGCAUCAGCCAAACAGUCAGCAUGGUAAAGCACACCGUGAGCAUUGAGGAGAAAGGCGUCAAGCUGAGGCUGAGCAUCAUUGACACACCGGGUUUCGGCGACGCCGUCAACAACAUGCAAAGCUGGAAGCACCUGGAGGACUACGUGGAGCAGCAGUUCGAUCAGUUCUUCAGGGACGAGAGUGGCCUGAAUCGCAGGAACAUCCAAGACAACCGCGUUCACUGCUGCCUCUACUUCAUCUCGCCUUACGGACACGGCCUACGGCCCCUGGACGUGGAGUGCAUGCGGGCAUUGCACGAUAAAGUCAACAUUGUUCCUGUUUUGGCCAAAGCAGACUGCCUGACGAGGGAAGAGUUGUGCAGGAAAAAGAUCAAGAUCCGUGAGGAGCUACGUCGCUUUGGGAUCAACAUUUACCAGUUCGCCGACUGCGACUCAGAUGAAGAUGAUGACUUCAAGAGGCGCGAUCAGCUUCUCAAGGACACAGUCCCAUUUGCAGUUGUCGGCAGCAACAUCCUGGUGGAGAGCAAAGGCCGCAGAUUCAAGGGUCGCGUGUACCCCUGGGGUGUGGUUGAAGUGGAGAGUCCAGCCCAUUCCGAUUUCCUGCUUCUGCGGGAUAUGCUGGUGAGGACGCACAUGCAAGACCUGAAGGAUGUGACCCGCGAGAGCCACUACGAGAACUACCGAGCGCACUGCAUCCAGAACAUGACGCGCAUGGUGGUCCGAGAGCGCGAACGGAGUUUGCGGGAAAAGUCUCGAGAAGCAAGCGACGUGGACGUCCCGCUGCCACUCGCAGCAUUCGACGUGGAGAAGGAAAGGCUCAUUUUUGAGAAAGACCAGGAGCUGAGGAGGAUGCAUGAGCUUCUGGAGAGGAUUCAGGAGCAGAUGCACAGCAGCCGCAUAUGA